CAGGAUCGCAGAAAACACCAGCAACACAAAGCCAUCCAGACCAGAAGGGCGUCUCGGACCUGUGGUUUUCCAUACGGCGAAAGGCUUUCGGUUUCCUCUAUCGCGUUUUCCUCACUUAACAGAUUCCUCUGCUGCUCGAUCCGCCACCGAGAACCAUGAGUGACGAUGGAGAGAAGACAUGUCCUCUCUGCGCUGAAGAGAUGGACUUGACAGAUCAGCAGUUGAAGCCUUGCAAAUGUGGUUAUGAGAUAUGUGUAUGGUGUUGGCAUCACAUAAUGGACAUGGCUGAGAAGGAUGAUACAGAAGGGCGGUGCCCGGCAUGCCGCACACCCUAUGACAAAGAAAAAAUUGUAGGAAUGGCGGCCAACUGUGAAAGGUUGGUCGCUGAAAUCAAUUCGGACAGGAAACUGAAGUCACAGAAAGCAAAACCAAAAACUUCUGAAGGAAGGAAGCACCUUAGCAGUGUUAGAGUAAUUCAGCGGAACCUGGUGUACAUAAUUGGGAUACCUUCUAAUUUAGCAGAUGAAGAUCUUCUUCAGCGCAAGGAGUAUUUUGGGCAAUAUGGCAAGGUUCUAAAGGUGUCUAUUUCUCGGACAGCAGGGGGUGUUAUUCAGCAUUCUGCGAACAACACUUGUAGUGUAUAUAUUACUUACUCAAAAGAGGAGGAAGCAGUUAGAUGUAUUCAAUCAGUACAUGGUUUUGUCUUGGAAGGUAGACCAUUGAGAGCAUGCUUUGGAACCACAAAAUACUGUCAUGCAUGGUUGAGAAAUGUGCCUUGCACCAAUCCAGAUUGUUUAUAUUUGCAUGACAUUGGUACACAAGAAGAUAGUUUUACAAAGGAUGAAAUAAUUUCAGCCUAUACAAGGAGUAGAGUUCAACAAAUUACGGGUGCCACAUAUAAUUUGCAAAGGCGUUCAGGGAAUGUGUUACCUCCUCCAGCUGAUGACUACUGUAAUAGCAGUGCCACUUCUUCGGCCAAACCUAUCAUCAAAAGUGCCCCCAGUAAUCCUGUGAGCCAGGUCAAAGGUUCCCCUCCUAAUGGUAGUUCUGGAAGAUCUAUAGCUCUUCCCGCAGCCGCAUCAUGGGGUACGCGGGUUACAAAUGGUCGGCCUCCAGUGCCAAGCGUGGUGUCUUCCAAUGGGCCUGCAAGACAAAAGCCUGAUGCAUUUAAUGGUUUAUCAGUGCUUCCUCCAGUGGUUACAAACACAAUUCAGACUUCUAUAUUGCACAAUGAUGUAGGAAAGAAAUCAAUGGUUAUGGAAGAAGGUCAUUCAACACUUCCUAUUGGUAGAUCAGAAGCACUGGACAUAUCUGAGCAAUAUGUUCUCAGAGAUAGUUGUAUACCUGUAUCGGAUAAACUUGUAUAUGUCCAAGAGACAGCUCCAUCUACUUACAGCGACCGCUUGUCUCCGUCAGCAUCCAAGGAUAAAGAUAGGGGGGAUGCUGUGCCACCAAAUGAGCAAAACUCUGUAGACCUUGACAGACGGUCUUGUAAUUCUACUCCAGCUAAGGAUGGGAAUAGUGCUAUAAGUGCAAACAUCCAGAAUAUAUGCUCGGGGUUGUUCUCUAUGAACAUUGAAAGCAAACCUGGUAUUGAGAUCUCUGACCCCAUAAGAUCUAAUGGUUCAGUUUCAGAGCAUACUGAAUUCAGGUUGUCUGGAAAUCAAGGUUUAGAACCUCAUUCUGAUCAAUUCAGAGAACCUUUAACAAUGCAGCCCUCGAGGAUAGCUGCCACAACGUUAGAUAGUUGGUCUGGUUCGGGUGAACAACCUGAUUGGAGAUUGGAAUCACGGGCACAAUUUUUGCCAGAUGUAGGCAGUAAAGUUGAAGAGGAUAUAAUAGCUUUGGGUAGUCAAAGACUAAAUGUUUUAGAAGGUGUCAGUUGUCCAUCAUAUCUGCCUUCUUCACAUAAUCCACCCAAGAUCACAAAUCAUUAUAGCGGAUCUUCUUGGCAACAGAGUGAAACAUCUAGUAAUAGGAAUCUUGGUAAUGCAGAUGAUACAAGAACUGUAAAUACAAGAGUUGAUGAAUCCUAUAUUCCAUUUAAGUCUGGUGGUUCAGUAUUAUCAAAUGGAUGUAAUGUGAACAAAUUUGGCAGCUCCAUUGAAAAUGUGAUGUUUGAACAUUCAAAUGCGUUCUCAAAUGUAGAGAAAGGGAGCUUUUCGGGAAGAAACAAUAAUGAUGUUGGAAAGAAUGCAGCUUUGGAUAUGGGAGAGAGCAGCAUUAUCUCAAAUAUCUUUUCAGUGGACUUUGAUCCUUGGGAUGACUCAUUGACCUCACCACAUAAUUUAGCUGAAUUGUUGAAUGAACCUGAUAAACAACAGGGUUCUCUUAAAAUGUCAAGUUCAUGGAAAGCACAAAACAGCAAUCAAUCAAGAUUCUCAUUUGCUAGACAGGAUGAUUUUGCAAAUGAAGGAGCUGACUUGGAGCCUUCUUUCAAUACAUUUGGGUAUAUGACAAAGAAUUAUACUGAACCCCAGGGUUCACUGGAAAACAGAGAUCAUUUCUUUGACAAACUUCGCAAUGGUUUUUCGUCUGACGUUUUUGAGGAAUCUGAUUAUCAUCCCAGCAACCAUUCACCUGUCUCUUCUAAUAAGCUUUCUGCUGCUUUUAGAGCUCAAAUUUCAGUACCACCAGGAUUCACAGUUUCAAGCAGGGCUCCUCCUCCCGGUUUCUCUUCUCAAGAGAGAAUGGACACAUCUUUCGAAGCUACUUCUGGGAAUCAUCUACUUCAAAGCUCUUCUUUCAGAAAUCAGUAUCAGGCCCCACCAACUGGAAAUAUUGGCAGUAGCAUUGGAGAUGUUGAAUUUAUUGAUCCUGCAAUAUUGGCUGUUGGCAAGGGCAGGCUGCCGAAUGGGAUAAAUAGUUCAGGCUUAGAUAUGAGACCAGGUUUUUCUCCACAGGUUACUCCGGAAAAUGAUGCAAGGUUUCAGUUGUUGAUGCAGCAUUCAAUCUCUACUCACCAGAUGCAGCAUUCCAUCUCUACUCACCAGAUGCAGCAAUCCAUUUCCACUCAUCAGAACGUCAGAUUUGCUGACCAUAUUGGCGACAGGUUCUCCUGGAGUGAUGCUUAUAGUAUUCCUACAAGGAUUUUGGAACAACCACAAGCUAGUAACCUGGCCCCUUAUGCACAGCUGUCUCUCCAACAGUCCAGAAAUGCGCGUUUUCCAAAUGGCCAUUGGGAUGCUUGGAAUGAGGUACAGAACAGUAGUGACCUGGGUAUGGCAGAGAUUCUGAGAAACGAGAGACGGGGGUUCAACAAGUUUUUUCCUGGUUACGAGGAUUUGAAGUUUAGGAUGCCAAGUUCAGCUGAUAUAUACAACAGAGCAUUUGGGAUGUGAUCUAUAUUCGAGAUGUAACUUUUCUUUAGCUGGCUUUGGUUUCCUUUAUACAGAGCAGGUUUGACCAUGUGCCUAACAACAAUAUAUGCUCUGGAGUUGAUUCUGGUUUGAUUAAGCAGUUCUCUCUGUUAGAGGAAGCUUGGAGAAAGAUUGAAUGAGCUCUCCUACAUCUUGGUUACAGAAUGUUGAUGACUUCGGGUUCUAGAUUUUGGCAGCUGAGGAGCAAUUUUAUCUCUUAAAAAUAAUGUGUCCUCAUGCAUACCCACAUGCUUUGGAUCAGGACCCUGUUUAGCAAGGGAUUCUACUCGGCCUAAAAGCGGAAAAGAUUUGGAUGAAUGCAACCUCUUAUUUUUUCUGUGUUCAUUUGGAUGGCAAAAGACACUAUCUACUGUCAUUGCAUGGAAUCUUCCUUUCAGAUGAUAAUGAAUUGAUCUUGCUGGUCAUUGGUCUAGUUUAUCUCUUAGGGGGUGGCCUAAUCUGAGGUGUAGUGCUGGUGUCUUGUCUGAACGUCAGACCAACUUGUGGGCCUAUAACCCAUGGCGUGUGCUCUCUGUAUUGUUUGUGCUACUAUAUAAAUGUGUGUUUUCUGAUGGGCAGGUAAGCUGUAAUGGGAACCUUUGCUUGAUGGUGCCAUGGGGUACAGGUUCACCGCCAGAGGGGAUUAUUAUGAUCACACUUGAAAGAGUGAAAUUUGAGCUGUUGAAGUCGCAUAACUGAAGAACAGAAUCUGGAAAAUUUGUUCAUUUGUUCAUAGUGCUUGAAAAUUUGUUUGGAUUAUGAUUCGAGAAAGAAAUUGACAAAAAUGUUCAUACUAUGUCCUUUUCUUCAUUUACCUUUAAAUAGAAGGGCAUUCUUGAGCUUUGUAUACA